AUGAGUUUCAGGGGUCAUUAUUCAACAGAUGACCCAACUUUUAAGCUGAACUCGUCGCUUAAUCAAUCCAUCUUACAACCACAUUCUGAGUUAUCUAAUAGUAACCAACAAACUAUCAACUUUCAAGAUGAUGAAAAUCAAAAUACUAGGUCAAAGAUAUCAUUCUUGCAAAGAUUUGUUACAAAUUGGUUGAUUAUGGAUCCUUUACUUCUACUGCAAUAUGAAGAAGGAAAUAAGAAUUACAAAGUUCAAAAAGAUGAGGAAGUGAAACAUAUUUAUUUGUUUGGAGGAAGAUUAAGAAUAACUAAAACAAAACCUAUAAUAUUUUUGACAUUUUUUAUGUUGGUAAUUCCCAUUGUAUUUUAUUGUGUUUUUGAGGCUAACUGGCAAUGGCAUAAUUUGCUGCCUGCAGUAGUGAUAAUCUUCAUAUAUCUAUGGUUAAUUACCUUUGGAAAUUUCAUAAAAGCUGCUACAAGUGAUCCAGGAAUACUACCUAGAAAUCUUCAUCUACCUAAAUCUUUAAAUGAUAAUAAAAUUGAUAAUCCUCCAGAGGAAUAUUUUAAUAGCAUUACUUUACCCUUUUAUGAUGACAAAAAAUUUGGAGUCAAUAUAAAAUAUUGUUCAACAUGUCAUAUUUGGAGACCACCAAGAACAAGUCAUUGUAAAACUUGUCAAUUCUGUGUUUUAAAUCACGAUCAUCAUUUCAUUCAUUUAUGUUAUUAUAGAAUUGGAUCAGUUGAAUUUGUUUUUUCAAUGUAUGAUUCUAUUCAACAAUUUCCAUUAAGUUUAUUUUUAAUCAUUUUUGCAAUUAUUGCAUUUAUUUACCCAUUCAUGUUGCUAGUAUUUCACAUCUUUCUCACAUGUCAGAAUUUAACAACUAGAGAAUACUUAAAUUAUAUUUUCAAAAGAAAGAAUGUAGAAUUUGUUAAUGUAUUUAAUACAAAGUCGGUGUUUAAAAAUUUAUAUAUUAAUUGGUUGGGAAAAUCAAAUGGCGUCAGUACAACGUAUCCCAGAAGUCGAUAUCAAAAGGGAGAUGUUACUCAGGAAAAGAUAGAACCAUUGCAACAUUUUAGUGUAAAAUAUGAUUAA